UCCUAGCAGAAAGAGGUGAACAAGGAGAAGGAGGAAGUAGAGACUGAGGAAGAAAACAAGCUGCUUUCAUCGUGCAACACAGCAGCUGUUUGUGCAACGAUGACUGAUGUGAUCUCACUCUCUAAUAUCAAAUAAGCUUUUACCGGAGAUAGUAAAAUGUCUAGACGGGAUGAUCGGAGUUGACGGGUGAAGGUGAACUUCUUAUGUAGUUGCAGGCUAUGAGUGUGGAUAAUGGAGUCUGGUCAAGGUGGGGAAUUGGACUACCUGAUCCAAGAUGAGGACACCAUCAUAGAGGGCGUUAGCAACCAGGUCUUGUUAGUUGUGGUCGUCAGUUUCACCUUCCUUGCUGGCAUCCUCACUUUGCUCUGCAGACACGAAGAGCAAAAUAUUCAUCCUGAGAACCAGGAACAUGUCCGAGCGGUCCGACAACAGCUCCAAACUGAGCAGGAUGAAAAUCCACAGGCAGAGGCUAGGCAGCAGUAUUACACAGACAUGUCUUGUCCGGUGUGUUUGCAACAGGCUGCCCUGCCCGUGGAGACCAACUGUGGACAUCUUUUCUGUGGCUCCUGCAUUAUAGCUUACUGGAGGUACGGCACCUGGCUGGGUGCCAUCCACUGCCCAAUCUGCAGACAAAUGGUAACACUGCUGUUCCCAUUAUUUCACGAGCACACUGCUCCUCAAAGGGUUCAGGAUGGCGAGGCAGAACCUCAACUUAUUUUACAAGACAUCAAUGAUUACAACCGUAGAUUUUCUGGCCAGCCAAGAUCCCUUAUGGACAGGCUGCGCGACGUCCCCACCCUGCUCCGCCAUGCCUUCAGGGAGAUGUUUUCCGUGGGCGGACUCUUCUGGAUGUUCCGGAUUCGAAUUCUUCUCUGUGUCAUCGGUGCCCUCACCUACCUGGCCUCGCCGCUCGACAUUCUCCCCGAAGCUCUUUUUGGACUUCUGGGCUUCAUGGAUGACUUCUUCGUGAUCCUCCUCCUGUUUGUAUACAUCUCGAUCAUGUACAGAGAAGUGGUCACACAGCGACUGAACGGCUAGGCCCUGAAACGGACAUAGGGUGCUUUGGGAAAAGAGAAUUAAAUUUAUGAAGUGGAGGUGUAAAAAAAAAAAAACUGAAUUUAAGGGUAUAAGGAGUUUGUUAAUGAGGUUGGGUUUUCUCAGAGGGCUUUAAUUAAAUGGAUCAUGAGUUUCUCACUGGAAAGAGGCGAGCAAUGCAUUUUGAAUGUUGACUUUUGUUAUCAAAAUUCCCCGUUAAAAUUCAUAAGUUGAAUGAGUUCAGGUAAGCAAGAGUUAAGAAUGAAUCAAAGUGUUUAAACAAAGUACUGCUUCCAGACCUGCCCAUUUUUGACAGUGCCAUUCUGUAAUGUGAAUAACUGCAUAAUAUGACAACUGUGCAAUAUAUAACGACCUCUUGAAAAUCUUGUAUUUAUGGGUUUAAAGGUAACAUUUCCAUCUGGGGUUUCAGUGUAAAAGAACUAUAAAAGAGUACCUGUUUGAGCUUGUUUGUCAUUACGUUGACCUGUAACUAUGCAUAUUUUAUGAUGACUUGAAAAGCAGAGCUUGCUAAACAGGUUUGGAACAAAAUAUCUGAAUCAUUUAUUUAUGCCACAGUUUAAAUUGAGUGAUCAAAUCUUGCUUCCUGCAUGCAUCCCGAAAAUGCUUACCUAACCAUUUUUUUUUAAUAAGCCAUUUUGAAAAUAUAAAUGGGUAAUCCUGGAUAAUUUUGAAUGUAAAUCCUCUGGAAAUGAAUGUGAAGUCACUUUUGUUAAGUUUACAAAAAAUAUUCUAUUGCAAAAAGGUUCUUUGAGCUAGAAAAUCUGAUCUUAAAUUCUUCAAUUUGUGUCCUUUUGUAUUGUGCUGUAUUUAAUUGUUGAAACUGGCUUGUACAAUGCAGAUCUCUUUUUGAGUAGGUUUUGUAAGAGGGGGAAAUAACACUGUCUUAUAUGGUUAUUUUUGACAGAAAACAAAGAUCUAUAAUUAUGUCUUCAUUCAA